GUUUGAGUUUUGAUAGCUAUAACACAACUACAACAAACCAAAGCAUAGUUAGAAUUAUUGACUUGAGAACCACCUUGUCCCAUCCCACUUGGACUUCCACCUCAUCCUUUUUCGACCCCUUUUCUCAACGCCAUGAAAACAGAUAUCAGCACUUGAUCAUAGGUAUUUUUUUUGUUUUGUAUCUCUGAGAGGGCAGUGAUUCUAAAGUAAUACAUAUGGGAACUAGGGAAGAGAGCACAGCUAAACCUUCUAAAUCAUCUUCGUCAACUCAGGAGAUACCACCAGGACCUGCAUAUCCUGAUUGGUCAAGCUCCAUGCAGGCCUACUAUGCUCCUGGAGCCACUCCACCUCCCUUUUUUGCCUCAACUGUUGCUUCCCCAACUCCUCAUCCCUAUUUAUGGGGAAGCCAGCAUCCUUUGAUGCCGCCAUAUGGGACUCCAGUCCCAUAUCCUGCUUUAUAUCCUCCUGGGAGUAUCUAUGCUCAUCCUAGCAUGGCAGUGACUCCAAGUGCUGUCCAGCAAAGUACAGAGAUUGAAGGGAAAGGACCUGAAGGAAAAGAUCGAAACUCAUCCAAAAAAUUGAAGGGAACUUCUGCAAAUACAGGUUCCAAAGCAGGAGAGAGUAGAAAGGCAGGCUCAGGUUCUGGCAAUGAUGGCAUCUCACAAAGUGCUGAAAGCGGUUCAGAGGAUUCAUCAAAUGCUAGCGAUGAGAAUACUAACCAACAGGAAUCAAACAAGAAGGGGAGCUUUGACCAGAUGCUUGUUGAUGGAGCCAAUGCACAGAACAAUUCUACUGGUGCGAUUUCUCAAUCUUCUGUGCCUGGAAAACCUGUUGUCUCAAUGCCUGCAACUAAUCUUAAUAUUGGAAUGGACUUAUGGAAUGCAUCUUCUGGUGGUGCUGAAGGUGCAAAAUUGAGACAUAAUCAAUCUGGUGCCCCAGGAGCUGUUGCUUCAACCGUAAUGGGACGUGAAGUUGCACUUGGUGAACAAUGGAUACAAGAUGAACGUGAGUUGAAACGACAGAAAAGGAAACAGUCUAACAGAGAGUCAGCUAGGAGGUCAAGACUACGCAAGCAGGCUGAGUGUGAAGAGUUACAAAAGAGAGUGGAGACGCUGGGAAGUGAGAACCAAACUCUAAAAGAAGAGCUUCAGAGACUAUCUGAAGAAUGUGAGAAGCUUACAUCUGAAAAUAAUUCUAUCAAGGAAGAGUUGGAACGGUUGGGUGGGCCAGAAGCAGUUGCUAACCUUGGAUGAAACAGCAACACAUUUUAGUUCUUCAGUGUCGUGUUUGAUGAUAACUACAAAAGUUGAUAGACUCUUAAUUAAGACGAAUCUGCAGCUGGAAUUUUCUUAUCAAUGGCCCGGUCUCUUAAUUGAGAAUAGGAUAUAAUGUUUUUUUUUUCCCCUUGUUAUACUAAUUUAUACCAUUAACCCUCAAUUGUAAUUGCCCUAAUGAUUUUAUAUGUCAUUUGUUGUAAUAUUUUCCUCUACGGGAGAAUAGAAAAUGUAGACUACUUGAGCACUUCUGUUUAGAAUUUUAGUUUUGCUAGUGAUGUCAAGGAUUUAGC